GAAGGACGGGACGGUGUAAGUCGGUCGUAUCAGACGAGGAAAGAGAGCGAGACGGGACGACGAAAAAAAAAAAACAUCUCGCUCACGCCGCCCGUCAUAUGCAUUCCUCCCACCAGUGACCAAACCCAACCUAACACUCCCGCAACUCUCUCCCAUCCCACCGUGCAACUCUACUGCAUCCGCCGGCUUCCUCUCCCGCUUGCAUCCGCCAGUCUUCUUUUCUUCUAGCUCCAUCUGGCACUCCGGGUUGCUGCAAGCGCUUGUUUCCACCCUCCCACCCUGCGAGACUCGGGAGAAGGCCGUUAUCGUACACGGAUCCACGUCCAAGAACCAAUAUUUACCUCCCCCCCUCUCCUGCUUCCGCUCUUUCGCAACAUUCCUCUUCUCUCUCCCUCGACAACAUCUCUUCUGAAGACGGACGAAACUUCUUCUUGUGUAGUCGCAUCCUACAGGACGUCACCGCCGCCGGCCAGGACAGGAGGAAACGUGUAUAAGCGUACACGCAUCCCGACAUUUCAUUCUUCAAGUUUCCUACGUUCCAGUAGAUUCUUCGUCGAGUGUUCUGUCGCAUCGUAAGACUUGAACCAAGUCGAGAGACAAUGGCCCUAACCAUGCAGAAAAGCCCUCGCAACCCAGACGACUUUCCCACCAUUCAGCUCUUCCUCCUUGCGAUUGUUCGUCUCGCCGAGCCCAUCGCACUCACCUCCAUCUUCCCCUACGCCUGGGCCCUCGUCAAGAGAUUCGAAAUCGGCAACGCUGAAGAUGCAUCCUUCUACGCCGGCCUCCUCAUCUCCUCCUUCUCCCUCGCGGAGGCCCUGAUGGGCAUGUACUGGGGCGGUCUCUCUGACCGUAUCGGAAGAAAACCCGUGCUUCUCCUGGGAUGCGUCGGCACAAUGUUUAGCAUGGUCAUGGUCGGCUUCGCCUCCAACAUCUGGAUUGCUCUGGCUGGCAGAGCUAUCGGCGGUCUUCUUAACGGCAACAUCGGCGUCAUCCAGACCAUGGUUGGUGAAUUGGUCACCAAGCCUGAGCAUGAGCCCCGCGCUUUCUCGGUUAUGCCCUUCGUGUGGUCUAUUGGCACAAUCAUCGGUCCCUUUAUUGGCGGUACCUUUGCCGACCCCCACGACGCCUUUCCCAGCAUCUUCCCCGUCGACGGCAUGUUCUACCGCUACCCGUACCUUCUGCCCAACCUCGUCUGCGCCGGUCUCCUGCUCGUCAGCAUCAUCCUGGGUUACUUCCUUCUCGAGGAGACUCACCCCGACAUGCAGCCUCGUGUCUUCAUGCCCGACGACACAUAUGCUUCCGAGGAGACUCCCCUGCUGGAGACUUCGGACGCCAUGAAGAGACCUGCCGUCGACCUGAGAGAUGACAACUACGGUACCGUCCGCGGUCGCAGCGCGCAGACUCCCGCGAAGAAGGCCGACCAGUCCUACAACAUCUACACCAAGCCCAUCAUGUCGCUGAUUCUUGCGCUCUGCAUCUUCACCUACCACUCAAUGACCUACGACCAUCUCUUGCCCAUCUUCUUCGAAGACGACCGCGCCACUUCCCCGAUCACCGUUCUUACCGAUGCUUCGAGCCCCUUCUACACCCCUGGCGGCUUGGGUCUUUCGCUCCGCGCAGUGGGCAUGAUCAUGGCAGUGAACGGUGUCAUCGCGCUCUUCGUACAGGCAGUCAUCUUCCCAUUCGCUGCCGAGAAGUUUGGUGUCUAUCGACUCUUCCUCAUCGUCACCGUCCUCCACCCGAUCGCCUACGUCAUGGUCCCGAGCCUGCUGUUCCUUCCCGAGUCGCUUGUGUACGCCGGCAUCUACUUCUGCUUGGCUGUCCGCAACGUCCUUUCCAUCAUCUUGUACCCUCUGCUUCUCAUCUUGAUCAAGGAGGUCACUCCCACUCCCAAGGCAUUGGGCAAGGUCAACGGUCUCGCCGCUAGCGCCGCCGCUGGCUUCCGCAUGAUCGCUCCGCCCGUUGCCGGAUGGCUGUACACUUUCGGAAGCAAGGUCGAUUGCACGGCUCUGGCAUGGUAUGGCAGUGCUGUCGUUGCAGUCAUUGGUGCUAUCCAGUGCUUCUCCGUGAAGCGUGAGCGUAAGUUGGAUGUGAGCGAGGAGGAUGCCCAGCCUUGCUUGCAGAAGAAGGAGUCCCGAGUCAGCAUCAGGGAGGUGUUCUCGGACGAGGAAUGAAUGUGUUGUCAGAUGAAUGUGACGAAUAUGGUUCGAGCGGGGAGAUUUCACGAAACGGAGUUCAAAAAAGAUUUCAUGACCCAACCAAAGCAUGAGAAAGGGCUAUAGAAGGGGAGUUUAUUUGCUUUUCUUCGGUCGAAACAGUACGGCGUCACGGAUACGGGCUUGAAUUUUGGAGUUGGUCUCAUCCAUGAGUUGUCGGAUAGACUAGAGACGCUUUUUGAUUUUUGGCGAGCAUGGAGUUUUGUUGCAUUUAUUCGGCGUUGGGAGCGGCUAUCACUUGGUCAUUUACCACAAC